AUGGCACCAGGUGGCGGCAGCACCACCACCACCGUCGCCACGUACCUCUUCACCCGACUGCGCCAGCAGGGCGUUCAGGCCAUCCACGGGGUACCAGGCGACUUCACGCUCAAGGCGCUGGACCACCUGCCGCGCGCGGGCGUGUCGUGGGUGGGCACGUGCAACGAGCUGAACGCCGGCUACGCGGCCGACGGGUACGCGCGGGUCCGUGGCCUGGGCGCCCUGUUGACCACGUACGGCGUCGGCGAGCUGAGCGCCAUCAACGCCGUCGCGGGCAGUUUCAGCGAGCACGUCCCCGUCGUGUCGAUCGUGGGCACCGCGCAGCGCCGCCUGCAGGAUCAGAGGAAGAAUGUCCACCAUACCCUCGGUGACGGCCGGCCCAGAGUAUUUGCUGAGAUUGCCCGCCAGGUCACUGUCGCGCAGGCCAACCUCGUCGACGAGGCCACCGUCCCUGAGGACAUUGAUCGCGCCAUCUCCACAGCCCUCAGGGAGAGCAGGCCCGCGUACAUCGAGCUGCCAGCGGAUAUGGUGGGGAAGGAGGUGGACGGGGCGAGGUUGACGGAGCCUCUUCUUGACCCCGCGACAAGAUCGAUGGCUGAUUAUGAUGGCCCCAACGAGCAAAAACUCGUCGACGGUCUACUGCAAAGAAUCUACGCCGCGCACCAGCCCCUGCUGCUAGUUGACAGCGGCGGCGGAGUGCGGCACCUGGCGGGGGAGAUCAACGACUUCGUGCGCGUCUCGGGGAUCCCGACCCUGUGCAUGCCCUCCGGCAACGGCAUGGUCGAGCACGCGCUGCCCAACUACUACGGCGUGCACUCGGGCCCCGUGGGCCAGAUCGACACCAUGCCGUACGUGCAGGGCGCCGAUCUGGUGGUGGCAUUUGGCCCCAUGUUCUCCGACACGCAGACGCUAUCGUGGAAGGUCGUGCCGGAGCCGGCGCGGACGAUCACCCUGGCGAAGAAUUCCAUGCACGAUCCAACCCGAUCUGUCACGGAUGGAGGCGGGAUGAAGAUGAUCGACCUCCGACGCUUCCUGGGGCGACUGACGCGGCGGAUCAAUCGUUCGAAGAUGGCAACGACGCCCAAAGCGGUGGCUUCGCUGGGAGACUUCCGCACCAUCCAGCCCCCGGCAUUCGUCUCCCCAAGGAGUGGGAGCGGGAGUGUCGACCUCGACGCCCCCAUUGACCAGACGUCCUUCUACCUCCGGCUCAGCGCCUACCUGCGACCCUACGACAUCGUGGUGCUGGGCAACGCGACGCCGAUCCUGGGUGGUCGAGACCUGGUUCUGCCGCGGGGAGCCCAAAUUAUCGCAUCCGGCCAGUGGUUCUCGAUCGGGCACAUGCUCCCGCUGACCAUGGGUGCGAGUUUAGCUCGUCAGCAUCAACAAGAAGAUGACCUUCAUCAUGGACCAGAAGCAAAAGGGGCAUCAGCAGAAACAAAAGACGACAGCCGUAGCAGCAGGAGUAGUAUUCCUAGAGGGAGAACCAUCCUCCUUGACGGCGACGGCGGCUUCCAGGUCACCGCGCAAGAACUGGGCACCAUGAUCCGGUACCGCAUCUCAGCCACGAUCUUCCUGGUCAACAACGCCGGGUACGCGUACGAGCGCCAGAUCCACGGCAUGCACGCCGACUACAACGACGUGGCGCCGUGGCGGUACGGGGAACUGACGCGGGCGUUUGGCGCGAGGGAGGCGCAGCUUUCGCCGAGCACCACAAACACCACCACACAAGGGGACCACCGCGAACACUAUCCCGUGCGGAACUACGAGGUCUCGACCUGGCGGGACCUCGAGGCUUUGCUCGCCGACGAGCAGUUCUGCGAGGGUCGUGGCUUGCACUUUGUCGAUGUGCGCAUGGGCAAGUUCGACGUGCCGGAGAAGUUCAGGGUGGUGUUUCAGAGGGCCGGGGAGGCAUUGGGGUAG